UUUCACCAGUUCCCGAUAUGUAGACACUAUACCCCCCCCCCCCGUGUCGUGAAAAAGUAAUGUGCGUUAUCAGCCUUCGUUUUGUUCACUCUGACAAGACAUCUGGUGGAGUUUCAAGCCCUCUGUUGACAACCACGCUAGGUGAGCUAAGCUAACGGAUGUACUAGUUUGGGCAAAAUGUCGUCGUCGCCGCUGCCGCCGCCGCUUCAGCAGCAGCGGCAUCCAGGCUACGAGGAGGAGAGGCUGCGGAGGGUGGCCGAACAGCUGCCGUGUCGGGAGGUCCAAGCCGGGAUGCUUCUGUCACUCAUGGGAGAGCCUCAGCAGUACAGCUUGCCUUGCAUCUUCAUCUACGGUCAUCGGGCGUCAGGGAAAAGUUAUGUGGUGAACGUUCUGUUGAAGGAAUUGGAGCUGCCUCAUGCCACCAUCAGCUGCGCCGAGUGCAUCACUGCCGCCCUGCUCUUCGAACAAGUCCUGCUGGCCCUCUUUGGCGGGGACGCUGCCGCCACUCUCCCCCGCUACCCUUCGCUGUCCGAUUUCGUCCGCAUCUACAGGCACCAUCGCUCACGGGCUCCCGCUGAGCAGACGCGCUACAUCGUGUUGGAAAAAGCAGAGUUGCUGCGAGACAUGGAUGCUAACCUGCUCUCGGUUCUUGUGCGUCUUCAGGAACUGGUGGAGGACAACUUGACCGUCCUGCUUCUCAGCGAGCUGGUGUGGGACACAUUCCGGCCAAACACGGGCUGCUUGGAGCCUCUGCCGCUUCACUUCCCCGACUACACCAAAGCUGAGCUGCACCAGAUCUUGUCCCGAGACAGGCACCCGUCCUAUUCCGCCGACUUGUAUGCCUCCUACAUCCACAUCCUGCUGGGCAUCUUCUACGCAGUCUGUCGGGACCUCAGAGAGCUGCGCCACCUGGCUGCACUCAACUUUACCAAAUUCUGCGAGCCUGUGACUGAAGGGAAAGCGAAAGAGAGCGACACGCACAAGCUGUGGCGAAACAUCGAGCCUCACUUGAAGAAAGCCAUGCAGACGGUUUACUUGAGGGAGGUCUCCAGCCUGGAAUGGGAGAAGAUGCAGCAAGUGGAGACUGAAACAGGCCCUUUAAGAGGUUUGUCGGCUCACACCCAUGUGGAGCUGCCCUUUUACUCCAAAUUCCUGCUGAUUGCCGCCUACCUGGCGUCUUACAACCCCGCCCGCACCGACAAGCGCUUCUUCGUCAAGCAUCACGGCAAAAUAAAAAAGACCAAGUUCCUGAAGAAGAAUGAGAAGACGAGCAACCAUCUUCUAGGACCCAAACCUUUCCCUCUGGACCGACUGCUGGCCAUCUUUUACAGCGUGGUGGACAGCAGGGUGGCGCCCACUGCCAGCAUCUUCUCUCAGAUCUCCUCGCUGGUCACCUUGCAGCUGUUGACGCAGGUGAGCCACGUCGACCAGCUGGACGCCCCCAAGUACAAAUGCGCCGUCUCUAUGGACUUCAUCUGCGCCGUUUCCAGGACGGUGAACUUUGACAUCAUCAAGUAUCUAUAUGACUUCCUGUGAGAUACUUUCUCUCGACGUGGACACGAUCAUCCAGUCACCUUGUGGCCAUUACAAAAUAAAUUGCUUGACUUUCACGUAACUGUUGCCUCUCGUCAAACUAAGCAUCAAACAAUGACGACGACACGGUGUGCAUUUUAAAACCAACGGUGAGCAUCAGUGGCGCGGUGUUGUAAUCCUUUGAGCAAAGUGCAUUUGAUCACGCAACAACACAGGCAUAGAUGUUUUUUUAGCCUUUGUGAAACAUGAGUCAUAUUAGCGGCUUGCUGUGAAUGAAAUUAAUAAAUUGAAAUACAACGUCA